GAGGGUAGUGGGGAGCAGCGGCAAGAGGAUGCCAUGGGUCAGGGUUGGGGAGCCAGGGUAGGCAGGGGGGGAGGGGGAACUAGACCAACCCUGGCACCUCCUUCCAGGAACUGGAAGCUAUCAAGGCCCGGGUGCGAGAAAUGGAGGAGGAGGCCGAGAAGCUGAAAGAGCUGCAGAAUGAAGUGGAGAAGCAGAUGAACAUGAGCCCCCCACCGGGCAACGCUGGCCCGGUGAUCAUGUCUUUGGAGGAAAAAAUGGAGGCUGAUGCCCGGUCCAUAUACGUGGGCAAUGUAGAUUAUGGGGCAACUGCUGAAGAAUUAGAAGCCCAUUUCCAUGGCUGCGGCUCUGUCAACCGUGUCACCAUUCUGUGUGACAAGUACAGCGGGCACCCCAAGGGGUUUGCCUACAUCGAGUUCUCUGACAAGGAGUCUGUACGGACAUCAAUGGCGCUGGACGAAUCCCUGUUCAGAGGCAGACAGAUCAAGGUGAUCCCCAAAAGGACCAACCGCCCUGGCAUCAGCACAACAGACCGUGGCUUCCCCCGGACCCGGUAUCGAGGCCGCGGCUCCGGCUACAGUAGCUCCCGGGCCCGGUUCUACAGCGGCUACAGCAGACCCCGCGGGCCCGCGUACAGGGGCCGGGCUAGAGCGACCUCAUGGUAUUCCCCUUACUAAAAAAAAAAAAAAAAUAGAGGUGUUCUUUAGGAAGGACAGAAAAAAAAAAAGGAAAAAAAAAAAAAGAAGAACGUGACAAUGAUGAAAAAAAAAAUACUGUGGGGGGGGCACAGCUGUCUGCACUGAGCCAGGGCUGUGCUCAGGGGUCUGGGGCGGGGGGCAUGGCCGCCCGCGCGCUUCACUCCUCUGCCCUGCCUAGACACCCCCCUCUGUCUCUUGCCCCCUACUUCCCUGCGGGCUGAGAAAUCGGGAGGGUAGCUCCCACUGCCUGCUGGGUGUUUUCCUUUCCCCCCCACCUCAGCGGCCUGCAUGUCUUGAUGCCUCCCCACCACACACGUCUUUCUCUUCCUGUUCUUCCACUUCUCUGGGGGCCCCACAGAGUGUGUGGAGGGCUGGGGGCUGGGGGGAGAAGGGCCUGGCUGUCCCCUGACACCGGCUCUGUCGCUUCCCAUAUGUUCUUUCUUUAACCCUCUCCCUGCCAGCACAGGGAGGGUCUCGACUCCUUUCCCUCCUGUUUGUCAUUUGCUUUCCCCCCCUCCCCCAGCCCCAUCAGGCUGGGUGGACGGUGGCAUACAGCCACCCCUCCCUCAUUGACUUAUUCAUUCCCUUUCCUUUUCCCCUCAAGCCCUGACUGAAGAGGGGG